UUAAUUAUUUUAUGAAAAUAAAUAUAAUAUUAUAUAUUUUUUUUAAAUUAGUGAAAUCGAUUAAUACGUCCUGACAUAACUAUGACUUGUCAGUCGUCGAACUGUCAAAAAUCUAUGAAUAAAAUAGACAUGGUUUGAACUAAACAAACCUCAAGAAUUGCACUAAAAUCGGUAGGUACCUAGUCGCGUAGUUGGUACUGACAGUUUAUUCAAUAAAAUUUUGUCCUAGUAAUCACAUAUUCCAUAUAUACCUACUUCAAAACAAUAAUAACAGUAUAUGGCCAUGUAGUCUUGCACAUCUAUUUUAAAAUUAAAUUCAUAUAAUGUAUAUUUUAUGAGUGAUGAUAAUUGUGUGAAAACCUAAUCUUAUCUUUUUAUUCCUGCUAAAUUUUUAUCAAUUAUAUCAAUUAUUGGUGAUGAGUUAAACGAUUAAUACUAUAAUAAUAUGUCUCUUCCAAAUUCUGACGAAGAAGUUGUGUCGAAGUUUCCCCUUCAUGAGUGCGUUUUUGUAGGAGACGUUCGUAAGCUAUCGUCUUUAUUACGCUCCCAUGAUGUGACUGUAAAGGAUAAGCAUGGGAACUCUGCUUUACAUUUAGCCGUUAUGCUCGGUCGUAAAGAAUGCAUUCAAUUAUUGCUCGCGCAUGGUGCUCCUGUUAAAGUGAAGAAUUUGGCAGGAUGGUCACCCCUGGCGGAAGCAAUUAGCUAUGGCGACCGCCAGACUAUAUCGUCAUUAGUCCGAAAAUUGAAACUGCAGGCCCGUGAACAAAUGGAACAAAGGAGGCCUGAUCUCAUACACACUCUCAAUAAAAUACAAGACUUCUAUAUGGAAUUGAGAUGGGACUUUCACUCUUGGGUCCCCCUAGUUUCAAGAGUGCUACCAUCAGAUGUGUGUAAAAUAUAUAAAUCUGGCUCUAGAAUCAGACUGGACACAACUUUAGUUGACUUUACAGAUAUGAGAUGGGAAAGAGGAGAUCUAGCAUUCAUAUUUCAGGGUGACAAAGAAACUGGUGACUCUCUUACUGUUCUUGAUAAUAAGGCAAAAGUGUACCAAAAAGUACGCUAUGAGGAGACAGAAAAUGAAAUAGAAGAUGAAGUAGACAUUCUCAUGUCUAGUGACAUUCUAGCAGCCCAGAUGUCAACUAAAGCAAUUUCAUUCUCUAGGGCUCAAUCUGGUUGGUUUUUUAAAGAAGACCGAAAAGAAACUGUGGCUGGAUUGUAUAAAAGUGAUGUUUAUACUAUAACUGGACUAGUCCUAGAGUCUAGGAAGAGGAGAGAACAUCUGUCAGUAGAUGAUUUGCAAAAAAAUAAAGCUAUUAUUGAGAGUUGGACUAGAGGAAACACUCAAAAUUUAGAUCCAAAUGGUGAGCCAGUCCGUAGAGCAUCAUUAAACCCACCUCCAGAACGUGGAGUGGAUUGGAACUCCUAUAUAUCAUCAUUUCCAGGAGAAUAUCCUAGUUUAGGCAGAGAGUUAGUUUACAAGGAGACCUCUAGAAAUUUCCGUGCUACCCUAGCCAUGAGUGAUGACUUUCCUUUAAGUGUGGAUAUGCUGCUCAAUGUUCUAGAAGUGAUUGCACCUUUCAAACAUUUUGCAAAAUUAAGGCAAUUUAUUGCUAUGAAAUUGCCAAAAGGAUUCCCAGUGAAAGUAGAAAUACCAAUAUUACCAAUGGUUACAGCUAAAAUAACCUUCCAGAAGUUUGAGUUUCGUGAAAGCAAUCCAUUUGAAUUAUUUGAAAUACCUGAAGACUAUGUAGAGGAUCCCCUGCGUUUCCCUGACUUAUGACAUUUUGAUAUUCUAACACUGUUUGAAAUUAGUGAUUUUCCAAUAUCUUUUGGUGCAAUGAAGUGUGAAAGGUCGAUGAAAACAAGUGAUAAUAAUUGUGGAUACCCAGUGCAGGCACUACUCUCCAUUGAGUUUCCUAUGUUGUUUGGAAUGGGAAGUUCAUACUCAAGUCAUUAUGUUUUAAAUGUGGAAUAAAUUUUACUAGUGGAUACUUGGGUUUUGUCCAAUUUGGGUACCUCUUUUAAAGUACAGUGUUAGAAUGACCUCAUUUUAAAUACAUUAAAUUUAUAGUAAAAUUUGUGUCCAUUCAGUUAAAAUAUCAUUCAAAAUUUUAAUAUUUUAUCAACAGUGUAUAUCUAUUUGUAUAUCAGAGUCUAUUGCUCACUGUCUUUGUUCUAAAAAUUGUAAUUUAUCUAUGAAUUAUUUAUUUAUUAACAGUAGAUAUGUUAAAAUAUUUUAAAUUUUUAUUAUAAUUUAAAUGUACAUAAUGAAUUUACCACAAUAACCUAGGGCCUCAAUUGUAAUGAAAUCUAUUGCUUAGUCUAUCUUGUAGUGGUGGAAUAGUUCCUUGCAGUAUCUUAGAAUGUUUUUGAACUUUUAUCUCUAUUCACUGCAAAGUUUUGAAUGUGAUUAGUAUUUAUACAGUAUUAUACAAACACAUGUAUAUAAGCUAUCUUGUCUUAUGCCUUCCAAAUUUUUGGAGGAAGUUUGACAAAAAUGUACAAUUAUUAUGCUUUUAGAAAAUUCAACACAAAGAUUUAGGUAAAAAUUCUAAGUAUUGACAAUAACUUAGCCCACCUCAUAUUUUUAAAGGUCUUUUUUAUUUGUGAAUGAAAUUUAAUAGAACUUAGUUACUGUGAAAGACAAUGUGUGAUGCAAUGCAAUUUGUUCCAUGGCAUAAUAUGAAAAAGUUUACUGUAAGUAAAUGUAAUAGUGUUUUGUUUUAGUUUAAUUAUUAGUAAAUUGACACUAAAAUAU